AUGUCGUGGCUUUUAGUGGGUGAUUUCAAUGUUUGUAGAUACACAUCAGAGAAAAUUGGAGGAAGGAAGCUUACUGCAAGGAAUCUGAAAGAUUUCAAUGAUUGUAUACAGAAUUGUGGACUGUCUGAUAUCAAAAGCUCUGGUUCAUCUUGGACAUGGCAUAAUAAGCAACAAGGUAGAUUCAGAAUAUAUGGCAAGUUGGAUAGGGCUCUGAGCAACUCUUUUUUGAUUGGUAAAUUUCCUCAAAUGUUUAUAGAAUAUAAAUGCACAUCUUCUAGUGAUCACACCCCAGCUCUUGUCCAUUUUAUGCCCAGCACUACUUCAGGGCCAAAGCCAUUCAGAUUUUUUAACUUCUGGACUCAAUGUCAAGGUUAUGAAGAUGUGGUCAAUAGUGUCUGGAAUAUUUCAAAAGCAGGUACUCCAAUGUUCAAGUUGGUUUCUAAACUAAAGGAAUUAAAAUCUGCUCUAAAAAAUUGGUCAAAACAGUCAGGCAUUUCAACAAAGGAAAAUAUUAUAAAAUUAUCAAAACAGUUGGAGCACAUCCAGAAUUAG